AGCUCCGACCCAAAUGUGCUGCCAACCGCGGUUUUGCCGCGUUAUCACCCUGCUCUGGAAUUAUACCAAGAAGUGGACGUUGGCUUCGAUGAGCAUAUUCAAGUGUUCCAAUCUAUGUUUUACCAAAUUCGACGAUAUCAAGGAGAAACCAGCUGAAAUCAACAAUAAUGAGAUGGACUCUAUAACCCUAAAAACUGGACUUUUGUUUCGUGGACUGUUGUUUCUUGAACUUGGUUUAGGAAUACCCAUUCCUGAAAUUUUCCGAGCCAUUUUCUGCAAUUUCACCGUUUUUGGUUGA